AUGUCGUUUGAGAUCAAUUGGGAGAACCUCACUUCUGACAGCUCGAUUAACGAGUCGCUCAAAGAGUUUCUCGAUCGCCAAUUCCAGAAUAUUUCACUCCCUUCGUAUAUAGCUAAUCUAUCAGUGACCAACUUCUCAGUUGGCGAUAUUCCACCAGAGAUCACCAUACGACACAUUGGAGACCCGUUUGACGAGUUUUAUGAAGACGAAAACGACGAAGGGCUGAGCGGUCCAGAACGCGUCUCUUCCAAUUCGAAUAUGAACACAAAAGAGACUAACUACAUGUCUAGUGAUGAUGAAGACGACGAUGAGGAUAAUGAUCUUUCAACUAUAGCAGAGGAUUCACACCUCAACAGAGAAAAUGACAUACAAAUCAUAGCCGAAAUAGAAUAUAGUGGCAAUCUCCAUGUAGACUUGAUAGUGAAUCUUUUGGUAAACUACCCUUCUCCUAACUUCAUUUCGUUGCCUAUCAAGUUGCACAUUACUGAUAUUGUCAUACAUUCGAUUGCUACUAUUGCCUACUUGAAGAAGGCGGUGUACUUUUCAUUUCUCUGUGACAUCAACGAAUCUACACCAGACUACUUUUCCACUUCUUCGUCCAGCUCUAGAAUCGAUAUCGUAAAGAAGAUCAAAAUCGAGUCGGAGAUAGGAGAACUCGAGAACAACGUCUUGAGGAAUGUUGGUAAAGUAGAAAAGUUUCUUAUUGAACAGCUAAGAAAUAUCAUUCGUGAAGAAUUGGCAUGGCCUAGUUGGAUUUGUAUAGACAUGAGUGAAGAUGAAGAC